CGGAGAGGGGUCGACGGACCCAGCAUCACGCCUAAAGGUCGACGUCGCAUCUACUUAUCCACACCCCUCGCUCAUCAUGUUGGGUCGAGGUCAAGUCGCCGCUUGGGUUCUCGGUUUGGUCCUGGGUGUCAGAGGUGUCGCAGCUGGCUACUUGAGUGUGAAUAUGACUCCAGCAACUCAAUGCGGAGUCUCAACAGUACAGUAAGUCAUCCCCAUGUCAGCACCUCCUCACAGCCUUCUUUUUUUGUUGACAUUUCGAUUAACAGAUGGUGGGGUGACGAUGGGCCGUAUCAUCUCCUUCUCACACCCACUCAACACGUCGAACACGGCUACAAUGUUUGGGAACCGUCUCUUCCAGCCGAUAGCAAUAAGUAUAACCUCACCAUUCGUCAGCCGACUGGCACACAUUUUCUCCUCACCAUGUGGGGAGCGAGUGGAAUCUCGUAUGCCGCGACUACGGACGUGAUGACGGUCGGUGCCCCUUUGGACAACACUGGCGCAUCGUGCUUCUACAGCGAUGCUGAUAUCCUGUCCCUCUAUUCCUUUUCCUUCAAUAUCAGCGAUUCCGGAUCAGACUUUCCACCCCAGUGCUCGAAUCUGACUUUAUCAUGGCCAACAUCACUCGAGCAGAACGUGACGGGAUUCAAUGGAACGGAACCCGCAAUCAAGCGGCCAAGUACAGAGGAAAUUCCCUCGUCAUCCAAACACAAGGGCAACACGACGUAUCCACCGACCAUGUUUGGAGUCAUUCCUCUUGGCAACUCAUUCUCGAUUCCCAUCACUUAUGAUGUCGACUCGCCUUUUGCCGAUUCCCUACCGCCCGAGUCAUUGUCUGAUCAGCCAACGACAUGGACGUAUAAUGGCGAGACGAACCUGAACUGGACGAUUGAUCUCGCGAAAGGCACCCGUUUCAUCCUCGUCGCAGGUAUCGGAGGAGACUCGCAAUGGGCAAGUGGUGGCAGCAGUGAAAUGAUGACUGUGGGACAAGGUCUGACAGGAUGUGUUGGAAGUGAAGAUUACGGAGGUAAUGGCGUCCCAACCAUCACCGCCACUGGAACCUCCAGCAGCUAUCCUACUGUGACCUUGGACGAGCAGCCUACAUCUUCGUCUGCCGCAUCGUCUGGACGCUCGGUCAAUGUCGUCAAGACGAUCGUGGCCUGUGUCAUCUCCGUGUUGGGAACACUGACGGUCGUCGGCCUGGUUUGGUUCUUCAUUCGCCUGAGACGUCAGAAGCGAGAUCUCGCCGGGACUGGGAAUGGUGGGCGUCCAGGCAGUGCAGGUGGAUACAGAGACUCGUUUGUCAAGAAACGCUCCGUCACGUUCGAUUCGGAUACAUUGGGUCCCGCGAGCGCUCGAGAUUAUUCAUCGACAGAUUUUAUCACCAUGCAGGAUCGUCAUCCGGUACCUACGCACACGGACGACAUGUUUGGACCACGCCGUACAGCUUCGCCAGACAUGACCGACUUUGCAGCCGGUUCCUCGGACGAACAAUUCACGCCGACACGCCGGUCUCGCCUGCCAUUGAGUCUCGAUCCUCAACCCGCACCUAUCCGAGGCUUUGACCCUAGUGGAACAGUGACGAGUAUGGGGACUUACUCUUCACCUAUUUCUCCCGUUGGAUCGGCUGCGUUCAUACGACUUGACGCAGAGUCGUCGCAAGACGCUCUACUGCAGAAAUCACACAGUCGAAGUUUAUCACAAACCGUAACCAGCACCUUUACCAUGCCGAGACAAUCUGCCGGACUGCGGCUCCACGACAGGGGAAGUAGACAGAGCGUGGGCGAGCCUGGGGAAGAGGAAGAGGAUGAACAUGAAGAUGGAGAUAUAUCAGACUUGAAGUUGGAGACGAUUGCUGCGGUAGAUCAAGGAGGUCUGGCCAGUUCAAGUACGGGAGGUGCAAGAAGUCGUCGCAGGAGACCGAGGAGAAUUGAAGGAGAGACAGAGUAUGUCGUUCAUCGAGAUGCUGGGCGGAUACACGGAGGUCAAUCAGAACACGUCCGUAGAGUUGAGCUGCCGCCGCGGUACGAAGAAUUGAACUGGGAAGAGCAGCAGGACGCGAUGAGAGGGGAUGCGUCCAGUCGAUCCGUCCGCAGAUGAUGAUGGGGUCGUAGUAUGAGAUAUGGACAAUCUGGGGCCGGAUGUAAUAUGGCAUAUAGAGAUCAUCUAAGCACAUUCUCACAUGUAUCAACUAAUCGAGGGCGACGGAAACUUUGGGGCUUUGUGAUGAGCCAAC